AUGGAUACAUCUUCCAUAUUGGCCAAGGUACCAUGGGCUAUUGACGAGAAUUUCCGAAAAGUUGUAGCCGCCGUGGAUAUGUUCUACAAUAAGUUCAGAAAUAGCCCUUAUGCCAAAAUCAAAGUAACGACUCUCUCAUCCAGAAACAGAGACUGUGGGGGAUUAACAGCUGUACAAGAUUUAGGUAAAUAUCUUGGCCUAACAACAUACCAAGCUUUAGCUUACGCCAUGGAUCCUCGCAUUAGUCCAGAAGUCGAAAGAUUAACUGAAGAACACAGAGAAGCAAUUGAUACUAAUUCAUACUUCCACUACAUGAGGGAUUUUGAACUCAGUCAAAAAAGUCCAUAUUCUUCAUCAGCGAACCCAGCGAUCUACAACUUCACAUAUUGCUUAGGGACAUUCCUUGGAGACACACGAGCAUGCAAUGCCCGUUUAUUCUCUAAUGCAGGUAUGAUUAAUACCAUGAACAUCGCAGCAUACGUACCAUAUUACGUGAGACAAUAG